GGACUUUCUUCCUCGAGGCUCAGGCAUCGUAACCAGACGACCCCUUGUACUGCAGCUUGUCACCUCUAAAGCAGAAUAUGCUGAGUUUCUACAUUGCAAAGGGAAAAAAUUUACAGAUUUUGAUGAAGUUCGCCAUGAGAUUGAAGCAGAAACAGACAGAGUGACGGGAAUGAAUAAAGGCAUCUCCUCCAUACCCAUCAACCUCCGAGUCUAUUCUCCACAUGUGUUAAAUCUAACGCUAAUCGACUUACCUGGAAUAACGAAAGUGCCCGUGGGAGACCAGCCACCAGAUAUUGAGUAUCAGAUCAGAGAUAUGAUUAUGCAGUUCAUCACAAGGGAGAACUGUCUGAUUUUGGCUGUCACCCCAGCUAACACUGAUCUUGCGAACUCGGAUGCACUGAAGCUAGCAAAAGAAGUUGAUCCUCAAGGUCUGAGGACCAUUGGCGUUAUCACAAAGCUGGAUCUCAUGGAUGAAGGAACUGAUGCCAGGGAUGUGCUGGAGAACAAGCUGCUGCCUCUUCGAAGGGGCUACGUGGGGGUGGUCAACAGAAGCCAGAAGGACAUAGAUGGGAAGAAGGACAUUAAGGCGGCCAUGUUGGCAGAAAGGAAAUUUUUCCUUUCUCACCCGGCUUAUAGACAUAUUGCUGAUCGUAUGGGGACCCCCCACCUCCAGAAGGUCCUGAAUCAGCAACUUACCAACCAUAUUCGAGAUACCCUACCCAACUUCAGGAACAAACUCCAGGGACAGUUGCUCUCCAUCGAACAUGAAGUCGAAGCCUUCAAAAACUUCAAACCGGAAGACCCCACGAGGAAGACAAAAGCUCUGCUGCAGAUGGUCCAGCAGUUCGCUGUGGACUUUGAGAAGAGAAUCGAAGGGUCGGGGGACCAAGUCGAUACACUAGAGCUCUCUGGCGGUGCUAAAAUCAAUCGCAUUUUCCACGAGCGCUUUCCCUUUGAGAUAGUGAAGAUGGAGUUCAAUGAGAAAGAAUUGAGAAGAGAAAUAAGCUAUGCAAUCAAAAACAUACAUGGUAUCAGGACAGGGCUGUUUACUCCAGACAUGGCAUUUGAGGCAAUAGUCAAAAAGCAGAUAGUAAAGCUGAAAGGACCUUCCUUGAAGAGCGUGGACCUGGUAAUGCAGGAAUUGAUCAACACUGUGAAGAAGUGUACCAAGAAACUGGCUAACUUCCCCAGACUUUGUGAGGAAACAGAAAGGAUUGUUGCUAACCACAUCCGUGAGCGAGAAGGGAAGACCAAGGACCAGGUCCUGCUGUUGAUUGACAUUCAAGUCUCAUACAUUAACACCAACCAUGAAGACUUCAUCGGCUUUGCAAAUGCUCAGCAGAGGAGCAGUCAGGUUCACAAGAAAAGCACAAUUGGAAAUCAGGGAACCAAUCUUCCGCCUUCAAGGCAAAUUGUGAUUCGUAAGGGCUGGCUGACCGUCAGCAACAUUGGGAUCAUGAAAGGAGGCUCGAAGGGCUACUGGUUCGUCCUCACUGCAGAAAGCUUGUGCUGGUAUAAAGAUGAUGAGGAAAAAGAAAAGAAAUACAUGCUCCCACUGGACAACCUGAAAGUCCGGGAUGUGGAGAAGGGCUUCAUGUCCAGCAAGCACGUCUUUGCACUCUUUAAUACAGAACAAAGGAAUGUAUACAAAGACUAUCGUUUCCUGGAGUUGGCCUGUGAUUCCCAGGAGGAUGUGGACAGCUGGAAAGCAUCUCUGCUAAGAGCUGGGGUCUAUCCAGAUAAAUCUUUAGGAAGCAACAAAAAUGAAAAUGAUGAAAAUGGCCAAGCAGAAAACUUUUCCAUGGACCCACAGUUGGAGAGGCAAGUGGAGACCAUACGCAACCUAGUAGACUCUUACAUGUCAAUAAUCAACAAAUGCAUCCGAGACCUAAUUCCAAAAACAAUAAUGCAUCUGAUGAUCAAUAAUGUUAAAGACUUCAUCAACUCUGAGCUCCUAGCACAACUAUAUUCUUCUGAGGACCAAAACACUCUGAUGGAAGAGUCUGCUGAGCAGGCUCAGCGCCGGGAUGAGAUGCUCCGAAUGUACCAAGCCUUGAAAGAAGCCCUUGUGAUCAUUGGUGACAUCAACACAGCCACUGUGUCAACCCCAGCCCCACCUCCAGUAGAUGACUCCUGGCUCCAACAUUCCCGCAGGUCACCUCCUCCAAGCCCCACCCAAAGGCGGCCAACUCUAAGUGCUCCCCUCACGAGGCCCACAUCUGGCCGUGGACCAGCCCCUGCCAUUCCCUCUCCAGGCCCCCAUUCUGGGGCUCCCCCAGUCCCAUUCCGCCCCGGCCCAUUACCUCCUUUUCCCAACAGCAGUGACUCCUUCGGAACCCCUCCGCAAGUUCCUUCCAGGCCCACGAGGGCACCCCCCAGUGUUCCAAGCCGGAGGCCACCUCCAUCGCCAACUCGCCCCACUAUAAUCCGUCCACUAGAAUCCUCACUGUUAGACUAAAUGAAGUGUCUGGCAUGGCAAUUAAUCACUAAUGAUUUAUGCAAAAGCAACAUAUUCUGUAACCUUUGCAGUCAACCAUGAGUAGUCGCAUGUAUGGACAUCCAUAGGCAAGUAGCCAGUUUUACUAAUGUAUUCAUCACCCAUCUUCAUUGCUCAUGGUAUGCCAGACCUUUGGGGUUUGACUGAAAAACUGCUAACCCGUAGAGAGACUUAAUAUGUUGUACUGACCAAGGUAGUUUUGUAUAGCAGUCCUAUACUUUGGUACCAUUUAUCUAUCCAACAUAUAUCUGAAGAGUUUUCUAAGUUGUCUACGAAGCAGCUUAUAACAAUUCUUAACAGACAUAAGAGUGAGCUUAGAGCCACAUCAAUUUCUCCCUCACAUUCUGUUUAAGAUGACAGAGAUUCUGUUGUCUGCUAUUGACGCCACUACCUACUCCAUAAUUACCUAUUUAGAUUUCUUUCCCGUCUUUAUCCCAUAAGCCCUCUAGGAAGUGAGAUUUUAAAAUUAGGAUUGUUUAAGAAGGAAGCUUUUCAGGAGCUUGAGGCAGUUAGCAAAGGGAAAGUCUAUCUACAGGGUUUGCUCUAAGUAGGGAGCUUCUCCCAGUGCCAAGUGUGUUUUGCUUCAUGCUAGAAGCACAAGCAACAAUGCCUGGAUUGUUUGGUAAUGACCAAAAAAUCAGUCAAUAGAUUUGGCUACUUCCAGAAGGAAGCAGCAAAAAUAUCACCAUUCUAAAAGUCUCUGGGGAAAUAGUACCUAUUUAUUAUCUCAUAUAUUUACCUCUCUGUAGGCUCUGAUGAAGGAAGGCUGACAUUGAAAAUGUUUAAUUUUACAGUUGAUUUUUUUGACAUGGGUAUCUAACUCUAUUUAGUUAUUAUGACUAUUAUUUCGGCUGGAGCAAAGUUAAAUGUAUGUUAAUACAUGUUUCCUAUGGUUUACAUAUAAGUGAUUAUGCAAGAAUCCCUUUAAAACAACUAGAAUGUCUCUACCCAUUCCAGACUCUCUUAACUCUUGCAAUGUAAUGACACAAUUGCAUUGGAAGUGUGGUCCCUGUAUGCAAACUCAGAGAUACCAUGGUUUAGGGGCACAGCUCACAUGUUUACAGAUGCCCUGCUCCAGCUUGCUCCCAAAAAUGCCUUUGCAAUAUUGAGCUGCAGAACAAAUUUUCAAUUUCUAAAAUUUACAAGAGCAGUCUAGCCUAGAGGUUAAUAGUUCAGCCUCAAGGCUAAGUUUUAAACUACCUACGACCAGAUGAUUAACAUGUAGGAGACAGCUAGAAGCCAACUGGAAUUCUGUCUGCGAACUGCUCCCAGACAGCAGAGACAUUCAUUGAAUUGUGCGUCCCAUGACAUUAUUCCAUAUUCACAGAAGUAAAUUAGGUUUUACUAACUGCAUUGUCUCCCUUUGAAGGCAGCAAACAUGAUUUGUAUGUGAAUUCCAUUUUAAUUUCCUGUGCAGUUUCUACCUGAAGCAGGUAGCCCUAAAAUAUGACGUAAAAACUUUUAACCAUUAUUUUUUAAAAAAAAAUAAUACUAAUAAUCCAAGUUAAAUGGCACUGCGUUGAACUUAUUCUAAUGGGCUAUAUCCCACUUAUAAUUAGAGAAUAUGAGACAUACAAAAGGGGUAUUUUCAAACUUUAAGUGACAUAGAAUAUCACUACUCUUCACUUCUCUCAUUUUUCCCAUUGGAAAAAAAAAUCUGUGAAUGGAACUCACAUACGAGAUGCACAUUGUCUUUGAAAACGGUGUUCCAACUAAAUAGAAAAACAUUAAGCAAACCUUCAUAAUCAAACAACUAAUAGAGAGUGGGGUCUUCUCAUGAAACUCCCUCUGUUUAGGAUUCCCUUUGCUUCUUUGAGUUCUCUAAAAUAGGCAGCUAAUGAAUUAGAUGCUUCAGGGUUUGGCUAUGUACUUAACUGUGGUUUUGUAUCUUGCUGUAUUUCAAAAAUUUCCUUCUGUUAGAGGAAAAUAUUGCAGAAAACCACUGGUGUGUUCUCAGAUCAGCACAAACCAGUGUCAAGGAAAAUGGGGGAUUUGUCUCUCCAGGGUUCUUCCCACUCAUCUUAGACAGUCGUAAACAAUGACAUUUGUCAUCUUUGGCUUUUGCUUCUCGAUCCACAGAUGCCCUGUCCCAAAUGUCUCCAUCUGUCAGGACAGUUUUGUUCUCUUUGCUACCAUGUUAUAUCAGUGGCACCCAGCACCCCCCACCCACCACCCACCCCAGAAUUUCAGCAAUGGCAUUCCAGAAUAUUUUCAGUUUAUUGCAGUUCGAAGGGUUUGCAUCCUGCUAACAGGAGACACCAACAUGAGGGGAGCCUGACAUUCUAGAGUGUCGAGUCUGUGGAGUGGCAUGCACAUUAGGCCUUACAAUGGGAAUGUAAACUCGAAGGGCCUUCCAUUUCCCAUUCCAUUUCUAAUCUCCUGUGCAACCUCCUGAUUGAUGAUUCUGAUGUUGUCAGCACAAUAGGUGUAGCUCUAUCUUGUCUAGCAUAAUAAUAAAAACCAGUGUUUCUGGUUUUUGUUAAUAAUUUUGUUAAUAAUAAACCCAGUGUUUCUAGGAUUUG